AUGGUGGUUGGCCGAUCAAGCAGCAUGUUGUCUGCUCUCUUUUGCUUGUGGAUCGUUGUCCCUUCGGCAACCUGCCUAUCCUUCAAUCUCUCUUUUCUUGAUCCCGCAAGUCGCUCCGGAAUCGAGCUGCAAGGCAAUGCAACCUGGAACAGCACCGAUGGCAUUCAGCUCACCAACGACACCAUCUUCUACAACGUGGGGAGAGCGGUGUACCGAGAGCCGCUGCUCCUGUGGGAUGCCCGCACCAAGGCGAUGUCCGAUUUCACCACCCAUUUUUCCUUCAUCAUCCGUAACUCUUCGAAAACUUCAUCGUCCGGCGAUGGCCUCGCGUUCUUCAUGGCGCCGUAUCCUUCUCCCCUCGUCCCCGAUUCCUCCUGUGGCUCUCUCGGCAUCUUCCCAAGAGUCUCCUCGGAUUAUCUUGUCCCGACGGUGGCGGUCGAGUUCGACACCCACCAAAACGAAUGGGAUGUGGACGACCACCACGUUGGGAUCGAUGUCAACUCGUUCGUCUCACAGAAGGCUGCGAGCUGGAACGGCAGUCUCAAUACUGGGAUGCUGGCGAAUGCAUGGGUGAGCUACGACGCCAUCACUCGUAAUCUGAGCGUCUUCCUCACUUAUGCCGACAACCCUGUUUUCGCUGGUGAUUCCGUCCUCCACACCGUCAUCGAUCUGCGGGAUCACCUACCGGCAAACGUUACAGUAGGCUUCUCGGCGGCCACUGGUCUGGUGACCGAGACGCAUGCCGUUCUGUCGUGGUCUUUCAGCUCGAGUCUGAAACCAAGAAGCAUUCCGCCGCCGACGGCUCCGACAGCAUCGGAUGCAGCGAAAAGUAAGAGCAAGACGGGGCUCAUAGUCGGUUUGGUGAUUGGAGCAUGCGCUCUGAUUGGGCUCUGUUGA